GUGUGCAGUUCUCUGGUUAAAAUUUUUUUUGAACAACAGCCUAAAAGUUAACUUAAAAAAUGCAGCCAGAUAGAAAAGCUGGUCCUUCAACUAUGAAGACCAAAACCUUGUCUGACUUGAAGUCCAAAUUUGCAGAUAAAUCUUGGAAUGAGACCAUUCAGCUGGUGCGAAGAUGUAUGGAUAAAACGAGGGCGGAUGGCAGAGUUUGUGAUCCAAUCACAAAGUGUCUUCAGAAGAUCAAUGAAGCACUUAACGUGUCCUCCCUCACAGCCAUGGUGUCUAGGCUGGAGAUGAUUGCCAAACAAAUAGGAUUGGGGUCACACUUAAGCCCCACAGAGACUGUGUGUUACCUGACUGCAGACCUGUUUUAUGUUGAAGUGGUCCUGCUGCCAGGGGGAAGAGUUGAAGAUGUAAGGGUGGCCCAUCACGGGGAAGCUCCUGUGUCAAGUCCAACGUUCCUUCAGUUGUUGAGGAUGAAGAAGUUUCAAGAGUUUUCUCUGAAGUUGGAAGACCUUGCCAGUUUUUACAACAUACCAGGAGAUGUUGAUGACAAGAUUAAAAUCUACACCGCCCUUCAACAUCUUGAAAGCGACCUCUUGAAGAUAUCCCACUUACCAAGAUCUUUGAGAGAAGGUGACCUUCAUGAUGACCUCAUUCUGAAUGGAAUAAUUGGGAAUGUCCGGCCAGGCAAUGAGGAGACUCCAAUGAAAAUAGAGUACUAUAUAAGUCCAUCAGAGGCUCUGAUGAGGUUGUCAAGCACAGGUGAGGUUGGUGGUGGCCAGGUUGCCUUGGUAACAGUGGGGAGUAGCGACACCCCAUACAGGCUGCAGAUGGAGCCACUGAUCUUCUCUCCACCACAGGUCGACUUAUUUGGAGUUCCAGCAUUUCAGCAGCUCAGCGACUCCUGCUCUGCCUUACUCCCAGCUACGUUUCUUCUCAAACUACAGCCACCAUUGCCAAUGCUCACCUCUUUCAUUGAGAAAAUGGGUAAAAUAACAGAUGCUGUUAUACCAGAGAAACACCUGCAGGUGGAGCCUCUACCACAGCUUCUCAUGAAGACCAGCACAAUCCAGAACACCAAAAUAUCAUGGACAGAGGGAGUUCAGUUUGUUGUGCCAUUGCCAGCAUCGGAAUACCACAGUUAUGUAUUCUCUGGGUCUGAAUGGGGCCAUGAGUCAUGGGAAGGAGCCCUAAUUGACGCAGUCCCCUUCACUCAUCCCGGCCAUGUCCCUGUAUUACUGGAUACCCUUCGCCAUCAGUCUGCCAUCAAUGUUCUGUUGGCAAGCUGUUUCAGUAACCACACGCACCACAUAGAUGCUGGCUUAUCGUAUGACCUGAAAUGUGAGGUGCUUCCAGAAUCAGACUGCUGCGUCUCUGUUACAUUUAGCCUUGAGAAUAGCGACCACCUGGCUGUUCUUCUAGUGAUGGUGGCAGAUUUUCGUCAGGUGAGCUGCAGACUCCUGAUGCCUGACUUUGUGGAUCAUAAGCUUAAUGACUACAUAUCCAGAGUCCUUAUGCGGUGCAUGUCCAUUCCCAUAACAAUGAGAGCCAUACGCAGAAAGGUGGCCAACCUGAUGAUCCCUCCCUCACCUGUGGCUGAACCACCGUGCACUUUUAAAAUGGAGAGCUCAUCUCCAACAAUUGCUGUCUGUCCUGAUGUAGCCGAUCCUGAUAUCAAACCUGCUGUGUACCCAUCUGUCUCCCAAGAGGGCAAUGGGGAGAAAAGCCUCCCCUCCUCGGCAGGCUACUAUGUUAUGUCUGUUGCUUCUACCCCAGUGGAUGAUAAUGCAAAUACAGAUGCUGUUGCUAACCCUUCCCCUUGUGCUUCUCUGGGUGUCUAUUCACACUGGGUCACCAAUGGAGUUCCUGCAGAGCUUAUUUAAAGUGAUGAGUGCUUUUAAUACAUAUUAUAUUUUUAAGUUAUUACUUUUACAAAAAUCUUAAAUAAAAGUCACAAGUUUAAAGCAGUUAAAUAGUAUGACGUUUUAGAUAGUCUUUGUUGCAUUGUUAAGCAGCUCGUGUUCAUCUCAAAACAAAACAAAACUGUCUUGAAUCAAAGCAUGAUUUUAAAAGUUUGUACCUCCUGAAACAACUUUCCAUUUCAGCUGAUGCCCCCCAGACUAUAGCAAAAUGUUAACCAAUAGCAAAAGGGUUACU